GCCACACCAACAGAGGAUGUCCUGUUAAAUACAUGUGUGUGCGUGGUUGUGUGUGUGUGUGUAAUGGGAGGGUAGACGCUCCUGACAGCUUGAUAGCUCAGUUAUACGGCAACAUCGAGGCAGAGAGGUAUCACCUAGUGUCUGCAAGCUGAACACAAGACUCUUGGUUUCAAGGCACGGAGGCAUCAGGAGGGAUUUGUCCUCCCUCAGUCAUCAUUCCAACGAGAUAAUGGGCACCGACGACCUCAACCACUCACUGUUUUUGAACGGCACGCCGUGGUUUGUCUACGAGUGCACCCUGGAGCUGGAUGCUGAGUACCGCCGCAUCUGCCUCUUCCUGCUCUACCUCUUCAUCUUUGUAGUGGGCCUGCUGGAGAACACGCUGGUGGUCUGGGUCAACUGGCGACGGCGCCACUCCGCCAACGGGGUCCUCUUUUGCGUCCUCAAUGUGAGCCUGUCGGACCUGAUGGUGAUCGUGGUCCUGCCCUUCUUUAUGAUGGAGGUGACUGUCAACAGGGUUUGGCUGUGGGGACGCUUGCUCUGCAAGCUCACCAACCUUAUCUACGGGAUCAAUUUCUACAGCAGCUCCUUCUUUCUGGCCCUCAUGACUUUGGAGCGCUACCUGUCUCUAACCAGGCCUUCGUUUCCAGCCUUGUUCCCGGUGGUGGGCCGGCGCCGCUGGGCUGUCUGCGGAAGCGUGUGGCUGCUCUCUUUGUUCCUGGCACUGCUGGAAAACAUCCAUGUGGAUCUCCUGGAGUGGGACGAGCCAGGUUGCUACAUGCUGCCCGAGAACAGUUACACCCAGUGGUUUGUCUCGGUGGCAUUCCUGUGCCUGAUCUUCCAGUUCCUCUGCCCUGCCUCUGUUAUCAUCACCUGUAACGUGCUGAUCGCUCGGGCCAUUCGAACGGCACCAGACGUGCAGGGACGGCGGGACGUGUGGCUGGUGCACGUCUACUCUCUGGUGUUUGUUGUGUGCUGGCUGCCCUACCACCUGGUCAUGUCGCUCAUGAUCAUUGAUGACCUCCACCCCAUCCUCUUCAGUUGCAACAUGGUGGAGGUCAUUUAUUUUUCCUUCAGCGUGGUGCAAACCCUCUCGCUCUUUCACUGCGUGGCCAAUCCUAUCCUCUACAACUUCCUUAGCAAGAGUUUUCGUGACAACCUCAUCAACACCGUGGUCAGCCACAUACCCAGAGAGACCCCUACAGACAAGGCGGGGGCGGAGACACAGCCCAACGCAGCCAACGGAGAAAGGGGUGAUAAGGGGAAGCAGCGCAAGUUAAGUAAUGCCAGCACCAGCCAGUCUGAUGUUGGAUCAUGAUCAAAAAAACACGAGAGCGCUUCAAGAGGAAACUGCAUCAAAGGUGGCGACUGCAGGGUUCAAAGGUGACUGAAACCUUUACUGACUGACGAAAGUAUACUGCUAUAUUGAUUUAUUUUCUCAUUUUCUUUUGCUCAAGGUUCAUUUUGUCAAUCAAUUUUGUUAAUACAUACUUGGAAUAAGAGGUGACUUGCUGAUACGACUGUGGUGAUCAAUCACAACGGCUAACAACGUUCCAACUCCUGCUUUACAAACAAACGAUUGCACUCACAAUCUGUUCUUUGUAAGUCUAAUGGAGUCGCACCCUGGUGGUCAACGUAAAGAAUGCACUUCCGGUUUUAAAGUUAAAUCGUGAUUAAAAACUCAGAAUUGAAAUGUGGGCAUAUUUUCAGAAAAAUUGAACAACACAUAACACUGACAGGCGUGGUAAUUUUGGUCACAAUAAUUACGAUAUAAAACGGUAUUACCAUUACUUUUACGUUUAUCUUCUGCCAUGCUAAUCAUAAUGCUAACCUGUCUGUUUUCAGUUAAGUCAACCCUGGCUCCGGCUAUAGCCCCGCCCUCUCUUCCAAAUAUGGUAAUCCAGUGACGCACCAGAAAGGACCCCACAGGUAUAAAACCACCCCCAGUAAAUAUAUUUUUUUCUGUGGGAGUAUCUGAUCUUUUUUAAAUAGAGGAAUGCCCAUGUUGAAAGUCUAUGUGUAAUGCUAUAAAGUUACUCAACUCGUAUGAAUUAAGUCCAUUACCAAAACCUUACCAUUAUUGUAAACAAGCCUCUGUCCACUGCUCUAAAUGACUAAAUAGUGCAUCUUAUAUCUAACCAGUUUAAACAUUCCAUAGUCGAGUGACUCUCAGUUACUGAUGAUGCUUAUGUAGUCUGCUGUGCACAUACUUUGUAAAAUAUGAAA